AAAGCGGAGCCCCACCUGCAACCGAUCCAUAUGGCAAAAGAACAAAUGGGUUGCAAGGUCUGUGUUUCUCUGUUGCCUGAGGAAUGGGCAGGCAAGGGUGGGUUGGUGGAGGGGGUGGAUUUAAUUAGAGCAAGUGCCUGCAUCCCCCCUCUGGUCACCUGCAGAGGAUUACUACUUGCUGCCAGAGGUUAACUGGCCUGAUAAACGGGAUAUGUGACACUUUUGCAUAUAAACGCGCACACACACACACACACACACAUGCUUGUGUGGUCGAGUAGAGAGGAGCCAAGGACUAACAUGGAAAUGAUAAUGAAAGAGCUUGUACAAUGUUCUGAUGAAAAAACUUACUGAUUUUAUUGCGGGGACAAAUUUCACAUGAUUGAAAGGCUGAUUUUUUAUUUUUUUUUAAUACCUUUUGGUAUACUGCACAUAUCGAGUUAAUCAGAUCACUGGAACGGUCCACAGCAAUGCACCAGGUGCACCAGUUAGAACCUUCACAACUUUUGACCUGUCACUAUAUCUCAAAAUACUCUUAACCCUUGUCCCUCCAUAAUCUAUUGUAAACAUGGGAACCUGUAUUUGGUUUGACACUUCCUUUUGUUCGAAUUGCUUUAUGGUCAUAUUCUAAAUCAUUAAAGCCUCAGAAAUGUUUGUCACCUCGUGAUCUCGAUUGUUUUCAUAUCAAAUAAUACAACAAUGAAUCCUUGACUAUCAUUAUUACUGGAGAUUAGUUGCCAUCUUUUUGCUAUUAAUUACACAGCAUCUCUUCCAAAUGUCUGGUACUAUACAGAAGGCUCACAACUCUAAAUUCGACUUGUCUGUAUAGUGUGUAAACCCAUUUAAAAAGACAAAACAACUGUGAUGAAGCAGAGGCACACAGAAUUAAACCCACGGUAUAGCGGCUUGUUCACUUUAUAUUGCAAUGCAUCGUUCUCAUCGAGCACGUCUCGGCGAGUUGAUGUAAGCACAUUAAGAAUAUCCAUUACGCAGCCAAUUUGAUCAAAAUGCCUUAGUGUUUAGUGACAUUCAUAAGGUCGCCACAUGCAAGUUUAUCUCAAUGAAGAAAAUGGCGCUGCGUAUUUUUACAUAAAUCUUGCGACUUAAUCAAAGCGAAGGCCAUGUCCAUUAAUAACCCAGUGUUGUUGGCCUGAUGACAAAACACACUGCAUCUAAUGGAACAAUUUAUUUCCAUAAUGCAACUUUGUCAGGCCUGUGACACAGGCACCAGCUCAGGGAGGAGGAAACACAAAGGGAGGACGCCAAAGGACAUUAACCGUAGAUUGAAUGAGUUUGCCAAUAUUAGCAUUAUCAUUCACUUAAUGUUGAUAUUUUAAUUGUAGAUGCAAACAUAUAUUUGUACAUAUAGAAUAUGAAGUGCACUAUGAUUAUAAUAAUUCCUUAAAUCAGUAACAUGUUGAUGCAUACCACUGAGUAAACGGGCCAAGCAAUAAAUCCAGACCUAUGAAUAUAUAUUUUUUAUUCAUUUAACAAUUUGAAAACAAAUAAAAGUAUCUUAAAAGCACUCUAAAUUUCCCAUAGUGUGAGUAUGAAUGGUUGUUUGGCUAGUUGGGCCUUGCAAUUGGCUGGCGACCAGUUCGGGAUUCCCGACCCUUGUGACGAUAAGCGGUACCAAAGAUGACCAAUGUUUUGAUUGCCAGCACUUGCUGGAAAUACGAUUGUCCAGUGAUUUUUGGGCUCGUAGCUACUCGGCAGAGUUUAUUAGUCUCGAGGUGAAGACCCAGCGGCCUCCUGAGCAGCGGAUUCGCUUCGUAGCAAACCCACAGAGGAGCGAGCAGAGUUAGCAGAUUUAUUGCUUUCACUAAUCUGACCUAAAAUUCUAAAUUGUCAAUACUAGCACGUUACGCAUAACUUUUUAUGCAUGGGAGACAUUUACCAAUAUCUAACUAAGACAACUGAAUUUCUUUAUUUCGGAGCGUCUUUACUGUUAUUAAUCAAAUGAUACAAAAAUGACCCUUAUACAUCACAGGCUGACUAGUACUGAAGUGGUUGUUGCUUAUCAGGAGGAGGGGCAGUUUCUUCCAACCAAUUAGCACACUGACACAAAGAAAUGGCGUCUCUGACCUUGUUUACCCUUGUGGCCGUGAAUAGAACAAAUAUAAUAAACAGAGUGGGGAAGAAACAUGAAGCGAAAAGGGAGAGAUUUUUGUGAAACCACUACAGAUAUCAUGGCCUCUUUUUUUUAAAUUUCAAAAGCCAUACUGCUUAAGUGUAAUGCUAAAAUAUUGUCAAUAUCAAAAAAAAUUUCAUACGUCGCGCAUUAAAACCAUAACGGCAUCAAUACUUUUCACAGAUUUGUUUAUGCUGUCACACAAAUGUGCUAAAGAUGUGUCUUUUGUCACUCUUGCGGUAUGAUUUCAAGGGCACCUGAGCCGUGUCGCAGAAUGCUCAUUGCACUUUGUCACACCCCUGGCGACAUUUUGAUCAAUUGAAAAGCAUUACAAUAAACCACGGGGCUGUGAUUUACAUCUGCCACGGUGUCCUAAAUUUUCAAAUCUAAACAGGGCUCCAUCAAUCUAUUGACAAUGUCAAGUGACAAAUCCAUUCCUACACAGUUUGGGAAUAUUGACUCGUUCCAAAUAGAAAUUAUGAGAUGGCAGGUGGCACUUCACUGAACAUAAAAACAGAUUAAUUUGCCUAAAAGAUUUGCCUUUGACGUAAUUGAAUUUGUUUCCUCGUCUGUAUGGCUCUUCACGCACUUGGCAUCAACAAUUCUCUCAAAGCAUAACUCUUGAUAUUUGAUGUUUUACAAUUCAAUGCCAUACUUUUUUCUAAUUCAAAGUUACACUCUUGAGAGUUUACAUACUCUUUGGUCAUAAAUACCCUAAUUGUGUAAAAAUGUUCUCCAAAGUUGCUUUAUGAACCACCACCAUACAUUUGGAAAGUAAAGAAGCUCAACUUUUCUUCCGACGGCUAUUUUCAAAGCGCUUGAUGGUGCUGAAUAUUCUCGUAAGUGGCCAGAUAAUGCUCUGUAAAGACAAUGGGAGAGAUAGCAGUGUGAAAGUAAUGACGUUUGGCUGUAACCGAUAACCUAUCGCCCACAUCAAUGCACAAUGGGGCCCUUGUGAAUGCCGUAGUAAAGCGGGGCAGUUAGAUGGAAGGGCCCAUUAAAUCGUCAUAAAACACACACUGUACUAGAUUAUGUUGAAAGGAAGCUUUUGUUUUCAAGGUGGGAAAAAAUAAACAGGUGAGCUGUUUUUUAAAAAGAACUCAUAUUGUUGAAAUUCCCUACUUGAGAUAAGCUCGGAACCAGCGGUAAUGUAUUUGUUCAGCCGUUUUUGAAGUUUGUCGAAUUCUUUUUUGAAACCACAAAAUUAGGUGCACGGGCUAACACCCCCCAAAACAAGCAUUGAAUAUAUUUCAGGAAUCAAUCAUUUAGCUGCACAUAACAUGGUUCAUGAAUAAUUGAAAAAUCUGAUGUAAAAAAAGGAUUUAAGAGCCCUGGCCUCAAUCCCAUAAGACAGGGGUGUCAAACUCGUUUUUUUCGUGGGCCGCAUUAUAUACAGUAAAAGCGACAAAACAAACUAAUAACUCGUUUUCAAAUCAGACGAGUAAAAACUGGUCAAACAUUAAAAAAAAAAAAAAAGAUAUUAUUAAAUGUGAGGACAAUUUGCAAUUCUAGUAAUGACACGAAUUUGAUGCACAAAUUGUCUUCGCGGGCCACAUAAAAUGAUGUGGCGGGCCGUAUCGAGGACUUGAACAAGAUAUUCAUUUGUCUGACUUCUACUGUCCUCAGAUGGCCAAGGCUGGCACGCCAAAAAGAGCAGCACAAUGGCCAAUCAGAUGCAGUAUAACAAAAGCUGUGUAACCCAUUUUAAUACUAUUUAAUUACAGUACAGUAUGACAUUAUUCUGUUGUUUUAUAAGAUACAAUGACUGAUAUUUUUCUCAUUAAAAUACAAAUGACAACAAUUCCUGAAAUUGUGACAACUGCAACUCCUUGUGAGUGUUUUCAUUUGAUAUCUCGGAAUUUGACUGUAUGUUUCGUUGUCAGUUUUCCUUCAAAUAAUCGCGCCAUUCUUUUCACUUUUCAAGCCACGUCGUAGCUGAAGCUCCAGUUCCCCCUGUAAGUUGAAUAACUACGCUGGAGCACUUUUAAGUCAAGGUACCCCUGUACUUACUUUAUAUAGUGUGAAUUACUUGCACGGAUCCUUUCCCAGCAUGGGAUGGAAUUCCAUGUGAGAUUUUUCCCACCCCUUUCCAACUCAGCAACUCUUAAAACUGCUGAUUUGAGCUAUGCGACUGUGAAGCGGAGCGCAAUGUCAUAUGUCAACGCUCAAUAUUGGUUAAUGGUGAGAAGGUACAACAAGUAGAAAAAAGUCUAUGACCUUUAUCUCCUUCACGAGACAACAUUAAUUUUGAACUCAAGGUCUGGCAAAAAGCAAGCUGAUUUAUGGCCUGCCUUUAACUUCCCUGGAAUUGGUCUAAUUACCCGGAGGACGGCAAGCGGCUUGUCACUGCACAGGAAGCCCAUUGUGCGCCGGCUUCAUUCAUCACACCCAGAUGAUUGGAUGAUGUGCUGCAGGCCUUCUGGGGGAAAGCUGCAGGCUGAAUCGUUCAAUGGUUUGUUGAAUGUUCUGUUGUUCUUACUGCAAUACUAAGCUAACAUUAGCAUCGUAAACAAGGCGACGCACAGCGGUGGCAUGUUCGUUAUCAUUACUCACGAAACAUUUGAUGUCGGACUUUGUUUUCAGAAUGUACAAUCAUUUAAAAAUCACAAAGGGGUGACAAACAUACGCGUGAAGCUGGAAUGUUGCAAAUACCUUUGCUAAUCAUUUUUAACAGAUCACGUCACUCAUACUAUUGUGAAGUUAUACUUGCAGUUUUAUCAUAUAUAGAAAAUUUGAAAAAAUAAUGGCACUUAUCUUGCCCAUGAAGGAGGAUAUGUAAAGUGUUGUAACUUUUAUAAGGGCCGUUGUUUAGGUACAUCAUUUGGAAUAUAACACUGGUUCACUCUACUUUGUGCUCUUUUGGGGUAUUUGUCUUCCUAUUAAAGACAGCCAACAAAUAGAUUAGAAACCGUGAUCAAUAAUGUGCUGACAAGGCCUGCGACUGGAAGUCACACAGUUGUAAAGUAAAGAGUUAGAGCAGGUCACAUUAUCUCUUUGUCGCGGUAAUGAUUGAAAAAUCAGCCUGUAAUUGCUGAUAGGCUGUGUAACGUUUCAGUAAACUUCUGUUGGCGGCAAGCUUUACUGACACGUAACUCUUGGAUAAACCGCUGUAGGGUCGGCGUGUCGCUUUGAACGAAUGGUGUUCUCACGGUGUGAAGGGUGUGUGAGGGUAGACGGAGUUGUGCACACAGUUCAAAAGGGCAUGUGUGAAAGUGGAACAAAAGGAUGUAAUGAGGGAUUUAGGCUGUCAAAAUGAAGCUCCCGGUGAAAAGGUGCAAAGCCAUGUUUGAUGAUGAUGAUGAUGAAUGUUUCUUAGUGCACCGUGGCUGAUUGACCUCUGAGAGGGAUCACGACUAAAUCGCUUUACUAUCAUUUAGAACCAAUUUUAACUUCAUGACGCUAGAUUCAAGCUGAGGUGGGAGACAUACUCACAAUCUACUUAAAUAGAAGUAGAGAUCCUUGUGUAAAAGAAAAAGAGCCCAAAAAAAGUGCAUGAGACUCACAUAACCCUACUACGAUAUAUAUUUUAAUGAUGGUCAUCUUUUUUUUUUUUACAUGUAUUAGUUGAUGUAAAAGGUUUGAGAACUGCACCUGCAAUCCAUUGGAACCAGCAUUUGUUUGGAAAUACAAGUGACACUGAAGGCAGACGUACGUACCUUCCUACGUAGCCUCCAAUUCAAUUUAAUUCGGGGGCUGCUGUCAACAGGCCCGGGUGAAGGAUGUCACCCUCCGCUGGACAUUCAAAUGACUUUGUAAUGAAAAAAGCAAGCCAACGAGGCUUUGGGGAGGAAGACAUUGUGAGGUGCACUAAAUUCUUUGGAGCAAAUUACCAGUGUUUGAGCAGCAGGGAGGUAAUCUGCUGAUAGGGGGCAGAGGGCGGGAGAUGGGAGGCCUCAAUGGCAAAAAGGCGUGGAGGGGGAAGGGGCGAACCUGCUCCAAGCUUCAAUUUUCUGGAGGUCAACUCCACUCAUGACUUGUGACAGAUAGAAGAAACAUAGAACCUCAGAAGAAUUGACUUCAAUAGCGUUCAUCUUCAACACUCACAUUGUAUGUUAUGGGUCAAUUUUUACCUAGGUCAAUAUUAAAUGAAGAAAAUAUUUUCUUUUUAAAAUCUACUAUUAGGCGGUUACUUAUACAUACUGCACAGUGGACACGGAUUGCAAAUAAUAUGUGUAUGCUCUCUUGUGACUUUGACAGAUGACAUUUUGGAAAUUCAUAGUUUACUGCAAAAAUCUGACUAUUUCCGCUUUUUAUUUGUACAAUCGUCUUUCAGUCAAAUGCCAAGCAGGAGAUAUGACGGUUAAUAGCAAAUGUUACAAAAUUCAUUUUUAACAGAUGUUCCUCCUCAUAAAUGUUUUUCUGUUGAAAAUGACAUUAGUUCACAUUAAGUAUAGGGCUAAUUAACUUAUCGCCUAUUGCGUCAAGUUAUUAUGCUUUUAUAUGGUUUGUGUGCAAUUCGAGGUCAUAAACUUUAAUGGCAUCUUUGAUGGCCGUGAGAAUGAAGCAAGCUGUUCAUAUGAAUGAUUUAAAUACUGCAGAUGGUGUACUUUCUUCGCUGCAUCCUCCAAUCAGCAUUAUUUUGAGGUUAGAAUAAUUGCGUCACCAUGAGUUAAUUUGAUAAGUACUGCCCGUGUUAAUAUAAAAAUCACUUUUUUAUUACAUUUCGUUUCAAUUGCUUAGGGGGUCAGGAAGAUCGAUAAAUGACGGAUGGCUGGAUAUUUAUUAAUUUAUUAUUUAUUUGUUUAUUUAUUAUUUGAGUAUUUAUUUAUGUAUUAUUCCUUCAUUCAUGUGUCUUUAAAAUGCAAACUUCUGGCAAAAGCGCAAAAAAAAAAGAAAAUUCCUCACACGUCCUGAAUUUUGUGACCAUUUUUAAGUUUGAUUGAAAAGAAGAUGGAGAACAUGACAAGAAAAGCACAGGGAAUUAUAAUAAGUGUUGGUUAUUCUAGUGCAGAAUAGUAGAGCGCCAGUGUCGUUCAAAACUAAGCGUUAUUUUAUUAAAGGCCGUCAUUGCCUAUAAUAACUUUGCGGUCAGUUAGUGCGCAAUCUAAGGGUGGAGAUUCAGCGUAAAUUAUAUACAGGGCGCAACAAUCGACUAAUCAUCUAAUGUAGCCCUUCAAGCUUUGAUGCAGUUGAAGGUGUUUGCAGGCGGACAUUACCUCACUCGCGAAGCUUUGCAGAGGGGUUGGGGUUGGGGGGGGGAAACGAGCGGGUAAUUAGCUGAUUAGAGGCCCGUCAGAGCCAAUCCCGGCCGGCCUCCACCUUGGCCUGCAGGGGCGGGUGGACGGAUUGACGGAUGAAUGGGGAGAGGGUGGGUGUGUGUGUGUGCACUGUGGAGUUUAGGUUGAAGACAGCCACUAUCCCAGUCGGCACACCUAAUCAGAUCAAUCUGCACGAGCAUAGAGGACAAAAUAGUCUUCAAACAGGAGUUAGGGCAACGUGACCUAUGCGUGCGUCAAAUCGCAUUCAAAGUCCAGUGGGUGAGUACGCUGCUCAGGUGUGCACCCUCUAAACUUGUUGGCUUCUUUCCAUUGCAACUCGUCAUGGAAAAAUCGAAAAACUUCUGCAUCGACGCCCUCCUGGCGGACGAUCCCAACCGGGCCAUCCGAGACGUGUCCCCGGGUUUGAGUUGCGAUAGUCCGGCGGGCAGCCCCGUGUCCCGCCGCCGCGGGGACACGCCGUCCCCUCGGGCCGCCGCGCAGCUCCACACGUCAGGAAUUCUAUCAAAAGCGAGUGUUCUCAAUCUCACGCACCCGGGACUGGCAUCUAUGCCCCAGGCUGCCAUCCCGGGCAUGUACCCGGCACCCAUGUACCCGUUGUCGGCGCUGGGCAGCCAGCAUCCUGCCUUCGCCUACACCGGUUUUACGCAGCUGACUCACGCCUACCCGGAGCACCUGAAGGCAGCGGCGGCCAUGGCGGGCUCGAUGCCUCUGGAGCACUGGAUCCGGGCAGGGAUUAUGAUCCCAAGACUGCCAGAUUACAGCGCAGGUCCCCAGUCUGGUCUGUUGGGAAAGUGCCGAAGGCCUCGCACGGCCUUCACUAGUCAGCAGCUGCUGGAGUUGGAGAACCAGUUCAAACUCAACAAGUACCUGUCCAGACCAAAACGCUUCGAAGUGGCCACCUCUCUAAUGCUGACAGAAACGCAGGUCAAGAUCUGGUUCCAAAACCGGAGAAUGAAGUGGAAGCGGAGUCGGAAGGCCAAAGAGCAGGCCGGUGCUUCCGUCCAGUCAGAAAGCAGUGGAAAAACAUCCCGCAACAAACCUGGUGAGAAAAGGCCUCAGCAUGGCAAUCCAGAGGACGGCGCUGUGGAUCUACUUUUAGAAGAUGGCGAUGAGGAAGAGGAGGAAGACGAAGAGGAGGAGGAAGAGGAGGAAGAGGAAGGUUUUUCGGUGGUUAUGGGCAACCGAGUCGGGAUGCCGAGAUCCAUGGACUUCUUGCAGCGCAACGCCGAUGUGGGCUUCAACCCCCACAGCCCUUUCACUGAAGACCAACUGGAGGGAGUGCAAACAGGAGGAGGAGAGCGGAAAAUGGUGGCGGGACUGUGAGAAGUGUUUGAUUCCCGGGACAGUCACUUGAAGGUAACGUCCACACAAUUGUGAACCACCAGAACAUUUGUCGUUAACGUCUACUAUUUAUUUUCCAUCCCCACAUGUCAAAGUAGGCCUCAGAAUAUCCUCUUAAUGAUUGUCUGUAUAACAAAAUAUGAGCCCCAGAUCUUUUCACGCUAUCUUACUAGCCAAUCAUAUUAAUGAAUGGAUGACGAAUCCUUAAAAAAUGUUUCAGAGAAAAGGGAAAAUGUAAUUUAUUUUCACUGUCCCCGUGAUUGCCCUGUGACCUUUCGAAAACAAAUCAGGUGCAUGGAACUUUUGAAAGUGUGAACACAGACAGUUCCAAAAAAAUGUUUCCACCGCUCCAUCAUCCCACUUGGUUCAUAGAAAUAUCUGCAUAUGUACAUACAUACUAUGUAUAUGGUACUCAACAUAUCAUCAUUACUGCCACACUUUCAAAUCAUCUUGUCUCCUCCAGCCACCUUCUUAACUCACGCCCAGGACCAUGCAGCUAUUGUAAGCUAACAAGCGAUGCAUAAAGGUGGCCACAAAGAUACUGCAAGACUGGCUGUCCGACAGUGAUGCGACUCCCACACCACACACACACAGAUGCAUCUUAUCAUUUUCAAUGUGAUGUUACACUUUGAUCUGUUUCCUUCCAAAGCGUUUUCCAUUUUUGUGUGGAAAGGGAUUUAAUUUAUUCAAUUUGUUAUAUACGUAUAAAAUAGAAUCAUAAUGUAUUUAUCUGACCCUUGUUUGUGGUUAUACCAAUAUUUAAAAAAAAAAAGAACUUGUUUGAUGUGUUGAUAAUAUCACUUGACUUGACUGAGCCAUUGUCAAGGGGACAGAAAUGUGAUUGGACUUCAAUUAUGUAUGGUCGUUUACUUUUAAUGAACUCUGUAAAUUGCUUCCUAUCCUUUCUGUGGCCAUUAUGUGUUCAUCAAAAGAUCUGCAUUACAGCUCAUUUUGAUGUUGUACAAAAUAGAAUCUACUGAGUGGCGAUACUUUAGCUCCGUAUGCAUGUUUGUAUUGUGUAAGCAGGUCAAUUGGGUUCUUUGAAGUCCAGCAUUUGUGAGAAAACUCAGGAAAUAAAGUUGAUCAGUUGAUCACAUUUCAAUUGAACAUUUCUUCAAUGUAGAUAAUCUUUUAUUUGGUUUUAGUGAAGAUGAUGACGAUGCUGCAAUUCACUUUGUCUCCAAAUAUGUCACAAAAGUCGCUGUCCGUUCUUCCACAAUUAUGCAAUUUGGCUAUAUAGAGAGGCCCCAUA